AUGGCGUCGUACAGCUCGACGUACAAUGUGACCGUAGGCGCCAAUGGCAAGCUCGCCUAUGAUCCUGAAUACGUCUACGCCGAGCCAGGCGAUGUUAUUACUUUCAUCUUUAAUCCUAAGAAUCACACAGUCACCCAAUCGUCCUUUGAGGCUCCCUGUGUUCCGCUCUAUGGAGGUCUCGACUCUGGAUUUGUUCCAGUUUCUCCAGACGAGAAAUACCUACCGACAUUCAACGUCAAAGUUGUCGACAAGGACCCUGUUUGGUUCCAUUGCGAACAAACCGGGCACUGUGGGUCUGGUAUGGUGUUCGCCAUCAAUCCUCCUCCCGGUACAUUCGACAAGUUCAAGGCACUAGCUAAGGCUACGGGCGUUCCCCUCCCCUCUACCCCUCCAACUAUGAGUAAGACUACGGAUUAUGCUAAGCCGACCUAUAGCGCACCUGUUGACCACAAGAUCAUCGUCGGAGUGGACGGAAAGCUCGCCUAUGGACCUCCGAACAUCACUGCCGCUAUUGGCGAUACAGUUACGUUUGAGUUCCACCCCAAGAACCAUACAGUCACCCAGAGCAACUUUGCGAACCCAUGUGUGCCCUUGAAGACUUCAACUGGGAAGGUCGGGUUCUUCUCUGGAUUUAUGCCUGUUGCUGCCAAUGAGACGUACUUCCCGACGUUCAAGAUUACCGUCAAUGACGUAAGUGCGCUGUCUGUCUCGUAA